GAUGGUCUUUGCUUUGGUUGAAAGCCGAAAUAUCUCGUUGACACUUGGUUUAUUUAGGAAGGGAGUUGAACAAUUUCGACAAGCUUUGGAGAUUUCAUCACAAUGUGUGCCAGCACAAUAUGGGCUUGCUUUGGGGCUUCUUUGUUUAGCAAAAGAUUGCAUGAACCUGGGAGCAUUUAAGUGGGGCCCUUCUUUAUUAGAGGUAGGAAAGGAUGAAUUCGGGUAUAUGUUAUGUGAUAUUUUAAAGCAGAACUUUGUUGAUACAUCUGGCGUGCGGUUUGACUCUGAAGCUAGAACUGCAUUAGCUUUUGUCACGCUUAGAGCUGACGGCGAGCGCGAGUUCUUGUUUUUCCGGAAAUCUUUUAGAGGAGAAAUUCUACAAAGCUAG